GUUCAUUUAACUAUACUUCACAGCUCAGCAACUUUACCCAUUCGUGAGAUAUCAACGAAGCUUUGCGGUUGUUCAGCCGGUCUAAGUAACAGAUUUCCUUUGAAUAUCAUUAUUCUCCAAAGACGUAAACAAAAACUAAGUGAAAUUUUGAAAAUAAAAUGGAUACAACAAGUGCACGUCCCCUUUUGGCUAUAUACAAUGAGCCCCCUGCUACUGAGGUUGAGAGUAGUAGCUUUGCUACGAACCUUUUAACCCUUGACAAUCCCGUCUUUUGCUGUUUCUUAUUCUGGGCUAGCAUACUGGUGAUGAAGAUGCUGCUUAUGUCGUUGUUGACAGCACUACAACGGUUUCGACAUAAGACAUUUCAAAUUUCAUUUUAUGUUCCCGUUGCCGUUGCCGUUGACUUUGCAUCAUUAUUUUUAAGAUUUGCAACAAUUAAAAUUACCAUCGCCACCAUCAUCUUUAACGCCGUCACCAGCUGAUAUCGCACUCAUCAUCAAUCAACACCUCCUCCAUCACCUUUAAUGCCACCACCAACAUCGUACCAUCACCUUCAACACCCGUACCAGAAGUAUCGCCACCAUCAUCAUUCAGCACCGGAACCAGCAAAAUCGCACCAUCAACAUUCCACGCCUCUACCAGCAAAAUCACCUUCAACAUCGCCACUAUUACUUUAAGGCCACCACCAACAUCACCUUCAUCGCCGGCACCAGCAAUGUUAUACACAUCCACAUCAAUGGUCCUGUGCAAUAAUGACACAAUUCAAAAUUCAAAAAAUAAAAACUGGUACUACUGUUAAGUGGUUCUUGUCUGUAAUCCUCGUCUAAUCCAUUUCCAACCUUAACUAAAGUAAGCAGUAAGGAUUGCUAAAGCAAGUACUAAAUAUUAGACACGGAUUCGACAUGGAUUAGAUAUAUGAGCCACUUAACAGUAGUAAGGGUUUUAUUUUUUUAAUUUUGAAUUGUGUCAUUAUUGCACAGGACCAUAGAUAUCUACAAAGUAUGUUAUUUGUUUGUACAUAUGUACUAUAAGAGUU